AUGCUGCCUCUACCAUUUGCUGCCGCUCUUUUACUGGGAGUUGCUUCCCCAGUAUCGGCUGUCCAGCCGCCAUAUCAGCUUGGGAAUGGAACUAGAAAUGGGACCGCUCCGGUCAAGUUUAGGACGGAGAUUGUGACAGCCAUAUAUCCUUCAUCAAAGCCAACACCAACGCCAACACAGCCUCAGACACCCUCCUUUGUCAACGACGUGCCGUCGGCAACGUUGUCUCCGAAUGUGCAUUGGUCUCAUGAUACGAAAAAAGUUGAGAAUGUAAUACCGGUUGAGCCCAAUCAGGGUUCCCAGCUCUACUAUGGCGUUUCGAGCCCUUCUGAAUCUGGUCACUAUGCUUUCCUGAAAUACUACUUCAAGUAUCCUUCUGUCAACAUUGACCACUCGGACCACGUCUCGAUCGACUACCACUCGAAUGGGGUAAUGACCGCAUCGUUCAAGGACCAGGAUGCCUUCAACCAUGCACAAAAAACCUGGUCAGCCAAAGACGGCUUGAUCUUGAUCGCCUAUGUUCCUGGCUGCGGCGGCUAUGCCACGGGCGAGCGAUGUUACUUCAACGUCACUGGUUUGGAAUACAACCACCAGAAGCAAACUAUUGUCGCCGUUGGCAGCUCCAAGCACCCUGAUCAAAUCACCACUUCGGGCGAGACUGAAUGGGGUUGGUGGAGCGCAGACAGGCAUGGCCAACCUCGCGCUUCAACAAAAUCCUCUGGACAGUCAACCUCAUGCCCAAAUGGGGCUGCCGUGGCUUCGAAUACGGACGCCGACUCCGGCGACUCCAUGGGCCAGCUGCAGCUGGAAUGUGAGGAACCCGUUGACAAGGAGAAUGGACUGCCAACCGCUUGUCUCGGAAGCAAUUUCGACCAAAUCCUAGACGCAAAGCUAGGGUUGGCCAAUAUGAGCCUGGAAUCAAAGGCCUUUCUAGACGGCAAGUUUUCCACUUGGCCAAGCAACGGCACCGGCGCACCAUCUCCGGGAGCGGCAAGAAUGCGUGGUCGGUCUCUGGCCCAGAGAGGCUUCUGGUCAAAGGCCGGCCGCUUCUUCAAGAAUGUCUACAAAAAGGUCGAGCAGGUUGUUACAGCUGCGCUUUCCAUCGGCGGCGGCUUUGACGCAGGCUUCUCCUUCAAGCUCCCGGAUCGCUCCAAUCCCAAUAGCCUUUCCAACACCUUGGUCAACUCACUUGUACGCCCGGUUCAAUCCCCUUGGGGUGAUGCGCUUCUCCUCAAAUCUUUCCAGCCCCAGCAGCAAGUCUUGGGAGGCACGGCUCUUGUCGCCGAGCGCUUGAACAUCUACUGUGUCGGAUGUGGUGCUUCCGGCCAAGGAAGAGUUGCCGGGCGAGCCAGAUGGUCUGCCGUUAAAGGACUGGAAGAAGGUCGCAUCGAACUUCGCACGAAUAUGCAGUUUGCUUUGAAGCUCGGCAUUGAAGCACAGGCCCAGCUUAAACAGCGAUUCACCACUGAUCUCUUCACCUACGGCCUACCGCACCUGAGCUAUGGCGUCGUCACAAUCGGCCCCUACGUGAACGUCGGCGCCCGUGUCGAAGUGGGAGCCGAGGCAAAUGGAAAACUUCUGGUGGGCGGAGAGAUAGGCCUGCAAGACGCCCUGGUGGUUAUGGAUAUUGUGAAUCCCAGCCAGAACCAGAGAAGUGGCUGGGAACCUUACUUCAAACCCGUGUUUGAGGCAGAUGGGGAUGUGGCGCUCACGGCGGAGAUUGGCCUGCCGGUGGGUAUCAGAUGCGGGUUGAAGAUAUCCACGUUUUGGGAAAAAUCCGUGGGAAUUGUCGAUGAACCGUCGAUCAAGGGAUCGGCCAAAAUAUCUGCUUCGGCCAAGUACAGCAACUCUACUGGAUGGGAAGCAGGGCUGCACAGCCACGACGGAUGUACCGGCGUCCUGACCCAAAUCAGCUGGCGCAAUAGGCUGUGGGCAGGAUUGAUCGGUACGGGCGAUGCUCCUGUGUUGGAUACCGGUGACAGAUCGCUGAUGCGCAAAUGUAUCGGCCCGGCCGCAAGUCGCAGCACCGGUUCUCUUUCGCAAGGCACUCGAAGAAGAAGCAUCGACUCGGCCUCGGUCUCAACAGCGGAAGGAUCCGAAGAGGUGACAUACAAUAUGGCCACGAAUCAUACCCUCUCUCAGCUUGCCACUCCGGAUUCAUCCGCAAGGGUCGUCUCGUGUGCCAACGGCAAUCUGUACGUGGUCACAAAUGAUGACAAGGACAACAGCUACUGCUUCAGCCAGUGGGACACCAACCAACAGUCGGAAAUUGUCUACGACGGCGUCCACAGGUCAAUGCACUACUACAAUGACACCAUGGCCAAGAUUGGCGUUUCACGAUUGCGCGUCAGUGAUUCAAGCCGGGUGCCACGGUCUUCUGUCACUGUCGCAUUCGUUCCGCUCGACAAUCCGGAUGGCGGCCAGCGACUUUACGUGGCGGCUGACUCGAAGCAGGGCAUGUUUUUCCCUGUCGUCUGCGACUUUUCAGACAAGAGCGCUUCCAAGCUGUUCUUGGUCGCUGACCCGGUGGAGGGCGUUGAGACGCUGCAGAGGAAGGGGGUUGAGCACUCGGUUACCGGGGGUCAAGUUGCAGCCUGUCGGUUAUUGCCGCUCAAGGCUUGA